UUCCGAUUUGAAAUGUGUUCAUUACACAGAAGUCCAGAUGCGUAAAUUGCCAAAAAAACAAACAAAAAAACGGUAAAGUGUAUAGUAAAUCCAAAUAUUUUUGUAAAAUCGUUAAUGGUGCCCACUAGUUGCAGCCUUAACUAUUGCACAUUACAGUGUGAGAAGUAACAAGUAACACACAACAUACUCACACUAAAUAAAUUUUAGUGCUGUAAAUUAAUGAAUUAUAUAUUAUUAUCAUUAUAUAAUAUACAGUAUAUUACUAGUAAUAAGGUAUCGCCUCCUCUGAUUUUCACUCAGUUGACAUCAGACACCAGACACAUACUGUAUAAUGUACCCAUUUGUAAAGUUUGAGAAAAAUCGGUUGAAAUAAAUCGUUUGAAAUCCCCCUAUUCUAGUUUACUAUGGGAAUUCCUUGCAACAGGUUAGUGAUUGCUUUGAAGUUGCUUUUACCAUUAAUGAAAUUUGAUUGACUGUCUUUAUUUUGAAAUGUAAGCAACAAAAAAAAUACUAAUAAAAAAACAACAACAAAACAAAUAAAAAACAAACAAACAAAAGGAAAAUGUACAAAACCUGAUAAUGUAGAUUCAAGUAAAACAACAAGGUCACAGCAGACACACUUUCACAUGCUCUAAAGGGGAUAGGAGGAAGUAUAUUGGAAUUAAUCUUUUCUUGCUCUCCAUUGGGAAAAUGGGUUUGCAAAUCAAUUAAUCAGGCAUUGUUUUAUAUUGGUUUUUUUCCCCUCCAAAUCAUGAACAGGUGACACAUUUGACCUGGAAAUCAAUUAAAUAAAAGCUAAAAUAAUGCUCAUCUUUGGGCUUUGAGUACUAUAAUUUAGAAAUAUGCCACCCAGUGGCAAGAAUGAGGUACUAAUGUACUGAUCUAAUCGACAUAAGGCACUCCUGCAAUAACUAGAGAGCCAACACAAAUACUGUAUAAUAAAGCUCACUUUGGGGCAUUAAAGUUACAUAUGUAUAUUAUUGUCACCAUAAUUUGCAGUUGCGUCGAACUGCACUGCAUCAUAAUGAGAAGUGUUCAAAAGAACUUGGUUGAGUGAAGCAAAAUGCAGUGCAGUUUUACACCACUUUCACAACGUUCCAGGAAAUUCUAUGACCAGAUCACGAAUGCAUCUUUAUAAUGUUCUGAAAUAUUUAAACAUCUACACAAAGUGUGCUGUGAAAGAACCAUUCCACCUCAAAUACAGGACAAUCCUUGCAUGUUCGUGAUGACUUGAAGGCAAUUGUUGAUUCAGUGCAGAGGAAGGAAGGAACUGCUUCCUGUGAAACGGAAAAGUGGCCCCCUUUCCUUUUUGGAGAAGCAAACAUUUGUGUGGUGUAAAAGACAGAAGACAAAGUGUCCUGUGCAGUUGUGAUAGUAUUGCAUCUAAAAGUUUGUUUCACACUCUGAAUCCGUUUUCAGGUUGGCUCUGAGCACCUUCACCAGAAUGAGCACCAACUCCUCUGACGAAUUCUUCCAGGCCACAAAUCACGCUGAGCAGACUUUCCGAAAGAUGGAGAGCUACCUGCAGCAUAAGCAACUGUGUGAUGUGCUCCUAAUAGCAGGCGAUCACAAGAUACCAGCUCACAGACUUGUUCUAAGCGCCGUCUCCGACUACUUUGCCGCAAUGUUCACCAGCGACGUGAGGGAGGCCAAACAGGAGGAGAUCAAGAUGGAGGGGGUGGAUCCAGAUGCCCUCACCUCCCUGGUUCAUUUUGCCUACACUGGUGUCCUUGAGUUGAAAGAGGAGACCAUCGAGAGUUUACUGGCGGCAGCUUGCCUCUUGCAGCUCUCACAAGUCAUCCAGGUUUGCUGUAACUUCCUGAUGAAGCAGCUUCACCCCUCCAACUGCCUGGGAAUACGGUCCUUUGCUGACGCUCAGGGCUGCGUGGACCUUCUCAACGUGGCUCACAACUACACCAUGGGAAACUUUCUGGAGGUCAUUCAGAACCAGGAGUUUCUUCUGCUACCCACGGCCGAGAUAGUUAAGCUUCUGUCCAGCGAUGACAUCAACGUGCCAGACGAGGAGAUCAUCUUCCAGGCCCUGAUGAUGUGGGUGAGGUACGACGUUCAGCAACGACAACAGGACCUCGGAGUGCUUCUCUCUUAUAUUCGCCUGCCUCUUCUUCCUCCACAGCUUAUUGCUGACUUGGAAAACAACAAGAUGUUCUCUGAUGAUCUGGAAUGCCAAAAACUGUUGAUGGAGGCCAUGAAGUACCAUCUUCUGCCUGAGCGCCGUCCCAUGUUCCAGAGCCCGAGAACCAAGCCCAGAAAGUCCACAGUGGGGGCACUUUACGCUGUAGGUGGGAUGGAUGCUACCAAAGGUUCAACCACCAUUGAGAAGUAUGACCUGCGGACCAACACCUGGGUCCCGCUUGGAGUUAUGAACGGACGCCGGCUGCAAUUUGGCGUGGCCGUGAUAGAUAACAAGUUGUAUGUGGUCGGUGGGAGAGAUGGGCUUAAGACCUCCAACAUGGUGGAGUGUUAUAAUCCAGUUAACAAAUUGUGGUCCACCAUGCCCCCUAUGUCAACACACCGACAUGGACUUGGUACUGCUGUGCUGGAGGGCCCCAUGUAUGCUGUAGGCGGUCAUGACGGUUGGAGCUAUCUGAACACAGUUGAGCGCUGGGACCCGCAGGCCCGACAGUGGAACUAUGUGGCCAGUAUGUCGACACCACGGAGCACCAUGGGAGUCACUACGCUCAACGGGAAAUUGUUUGCAGUAGGUGGCCGGGAUGGCAGCUCGUGUCUGAGGUCGAUGGAGUGCUUCGAUCCUCACACCAACAAGUGGAGCAUGUGCGCCCCCAUGGCCAAGAGGCGGGGGGGAGUGGGUGUGGCCACCUACAACAACUUCCUGUAUGCUGUGGGCGGACACGACGCCCCGGCUUCCAACCACUGCUCCCGACUCUCAGAUUGUGUUGAAAGGUAUGACCCCAAGACGGAUACCUGGACCACUGUGUCCUCUCUCAGUGUUCCUCGGGAUGCGGUGGGCGUUUGCCUGCUGGGUGACAGGCUGUAUGCUGUGGGCGGAUAUGAUGGGCAAUCUUACCUUAACACUGUUGAGUCGUACGAUGCGCAGAACAAUGACUGGACUAAGGAGGUCCCACUAAACAUCGGCAGGGCAGGUGCCUGCGUGGUGGUGGUGAAACUGCCGUGAGCGCUUUUUGUCCCACGCCUGCCUGAUAUAAACAAAUGAAGAAGAGCGGACCACCAAAACAACGAGGAUGCCCCCUCUGAGACACACUUGUUUUUAUACUUUCAGCUUUCUAGAUUUUUGAAGCCUCUCCCCCGUCAUUGCCGCACAUGUGGGCCCACUGGGGAGGACCGGCUCGCAAACUGGAAUGUGCAUUCUUGAGAUUCUCAACUGAUCAACAGUUUUCAUACACUUGGCCAGGCUGUAGCAAAUCAGCGCCAACAUGUUGAUCUAUUGCUUUGUUAUUUGGGUUUUACAAAAAAGCUCUAUGUGAGACUCUACAUUUUGGUCACAUUAUCUGAACAACAGAUUUAUACAUCCACAUUUUCCUAUGGUUGUCAUCUCAACCUGUACAUUUUUGGGCUACUUAUUUCCCUUUACAGCCACUCAAAAAAAACUCACUGUGAAUAAUGAGAAGAUAAUAAGGUAACCAAGUUUUGAGGUGGCUAAUGUAUCAAAAUAUGUUGUUUCUUAUCGAACCAGUAGCGUUACACAACACCAAAGUAAUUUGCUUGUCCUUCGAAGUCUUGCGGAUUGAAUAAAGGUUUACACAAUUGUGAAUUACACAAGAUAUAUCAUAUUGAUACCUCACAUUGCUACAAUUCUGCUUUAAGCUGUGUGCUCAGAUCACUGCAGUUGUUAUUUCUGAUUUCUUUUAUGUGCGCAAAGCGAAUGAUAUUGAGUUUACUGUGUGUUCUGAACUCCUGUACAUGCCUUCUAGGGUCACAUAGAGCGUCAGCACAUAUUAUCCAAUUUUAUGACCCAAUAUCCAAGGCGUGAUUGCUAAAAAUGUGUUUUUUUUAAAUUACAGUUUUUUUUAUAUAUUCCGCUCAUAAGAAUUAAAUGACUUGAGAACAAUUUCUAACUGUUAUAUUAAUAUGCUUCCUAGAGCGAAUGUUACUUUCUAUGUUUUUAAUCAUGACUUUGUACAGCAUAUUAGCGUCCGAAUAUAAUCAUGUUCAAAUCCAUGUUUAGAGAUUUGAGGAAACAAAUGAAACAUAGAAGCUAUUAUGUCAGGAUUGUCUGCAAUUUUCUUCCCAGUGCAGCAAUUUAUAAACCAAGCAUGAGUGUCUCAACAACAGAGUGAGGACCAACUUCUCCUGCUUAUCUCCUUUCCCCCGCUCAUUAUUUACCCUUCAAAUUGUUUUCAAAGCUCCUCCACAAACAACCUCCUCAAGAUUGCUGGAAAUUGAUUUUGCAUACAAAAUACUCUUUUCUGUGUCAACAAAAGAAAAUGGAAAUGUUUGAUACAGGAACUUGUCGGUCUUAUCAAAUACACAAACUAUCGACAGAAACGGAACUAAAAACAUUGUCACAAGCCAUGACUCAACUGGUGUCUAUUAUUUCCCCUUUCUAUUUAAUGUCUUAAUGAAUUAAGGACUGUAAUGUUGAUUAAUACAUCCCAGCAUAUUAUAACAAUCACUCUGCAGGCCAAUAUGUCCUCUUGGGGCUGUGAGAAAAAUAGAGAUGGUAUCAGGCCUAUCUAAUUGGAGACUAAUUAAGUGUUAUGAUGACAUCUAUGCUUUAGAAAUAUUAAUCUUUGAGACUGAGGAAAGUCAUUGCUCAAACAACCCAAUGUGUUGAAUUCUGUUAAUUGGUUGAGGUUGAAUUUGAAAUAUGCGUGGAAUAUAACUACAUAAAUACCUUGUGUCUCAAUGGUAGCUCCGUAUUCACACAAAAGCAUAUAUUUUUUUAUGAUCAUAGACUGUUCUGUGAAUUUUUACCACACAUUAUAAAAAUGUAGUGUGUUGACAUCAUGAAAGAGACAACAGCCAUUCCCUAAAACAAGUGACGUAUGCAGGAUAUAAUAAAGGUUUAAUAAUGUUUACUAGCUA